GUCUCCUGCUGUGCCCGCGAAAUGCAUCAAAACAAAACAUAACCAACUUAACCUAGCAAAUGUCUAGGUAGAACCUUCCUAAAUCACAAAACAACUGUUUUACAGAAAUGUCGGACUCGGAUUCAUCUGAUGAUGAACUUCUGAUGCCCAAUGGCUUUGUUGAUGUAGGAGCUGAUCUUGUCGACGUUGAUUUCAAAGAAGCCGAGGCUUCUCCUCCUCGCAAAAAAAGUCGGAAAAAUAAGAAGAAAACCCCGACAGAUGAGUCAUUAAGUGAAAUCAGUGCUCCAGCACCUUUACCUGUGCCUGAUCCAAUUUUUGUUGUGGAUGAUGAUUCUAAUGAUGUGAUUAACUUCUCAGCUGGUGGAUGGAAGAGUAGACAAAACAGAAGAAACGCAAAGAGUACAUUCUGUGAAACUGUACCCAGAAAGUCCCGUAGAAUUGCGAGUAGGGAUUCCUCAUUCUCUGCAGAUUUGGAUGAGUCUGAUAUCCAUGUUGUUGAGGACAGCCCAAAAGACAUUUUUGAUGAUUCAUUAAUUAAUCAUUCAAGUUUCUCUUUUGAUCAGGAUGUCGAGGAUGUGCCGCCAGAACCUGUCGAAGAUCCAAAUGCAGAAGUUAGAAUUCGAGUUAUAUGGAAAGGGUCCUCUACUCAACAUUUUACCCUAAGAAAAUUUCAAAAGAUUAAAGAGAUAUUUACUCAUUAUGCUCAAAUGGAAGGGGUUGAGGAAGGAAGAAUACUAUUCUCACUCAGAGACAAAACUGUGUCUCCAAAUGACACUCCUCAAUCACUUAACAUUGGGGUUUCAUCUCUUGAGGGUGGUGUUAUAGAUGCUGUAAAUGUUGCCACGCGUUCCACAAAUAAUGCAGAUGAGCAAGCAGAAGAGGAUCCUAAUGCUUUAAAGCUUUCUAUUCAGCGUAAAGGAAUUAAAGAGAAGCACACCGUUUUCACAUAUCCACAUGAAAAGAUAUCUGUGCUGAUGUCUAAGUUGUCGGAACAACUCAAUAUUCCGUAUAGUUCCAUAAAACUUAUGUUUGAUGGUGAACAACUUUCGCCUGAUAGCACCCCUGAAGAUAAUGAAAUUGAAGGAGAUGAGUGCAUUGAUCUUGUUGUUACUCAGUAAUAUCUGUGCUGUACAUCAACUAUUAUAAACCAGCAAAAUUGUCAGUUUCUUGUUUUAUAUUCCAUUCUUUAACAGAUAUCGUAUUUUAAUUUUAAAAGUAAACCCUCACAAAAAACAUACUGUGUAAGUUAAAUAGGAAAUUGUGCGACUAGCAAUUAAUUACAUAGAACGCAAU